AUGAUAAACCUAGGUUCAUGAAAGAAUGAAUUGGCUUAAAUUUUAACAGGCAGUUUUCUUUCUCACAUGGUAGUACUUUUGCAUUUGUACAUGAAACCAAGGAAGUGGAUCUUCUGCAGCUUUGGAAAUCCUGACUGAAACAACAGGUUGCAAGCACCAUGGCACUUUCAUGGAUCACAGCCAUUGCCUUAUUUGCACUUUCCUCCAUUUACUGCAUAGUUUCUCAUCCCAACCGAGAAAUAUGGUUUCAAGACCUCUUCCCACUUAAGGUGUGCCCUGCCAAUGCCAGCGAAAAAACGUUCUAUGGCAUCAUGUUUGAUGCAGGAAGUACAGGAACACGAAUUCACAUUUAUACUUUUAAACAGAAAAGCUCAGAAAAGUCUGCAGAGUUAGAAGGGGAAAUCUUUGAAUCAGUAAAGCCAGGUCUCUCUGCAUAUGCUGAUCAGCCUGACAAGGGAGCUGAAAGUGUCAGACAGUUGUUAGACAUGGCCAAAGAAGCUGUUCCACACAGUCACUGGAAGAAGACACCAGUAGUCUUGAAAGCCACAGCUGGCCUGAGGCUGUUAGCUGAGCACAAAGCCCAGGCUCUUCUCUCAAAGAUCAGGGAAGUCUUUGAGGAAUCCCCUUUUUUAGUUCCCGAUGAUAGCGUUAGUAUCAUGGAUGGCACUUAUGAAGGUAUUUUAGCCUGGAUCACUGUGAACUUUUUAACAGGGCAGCUGUAUGGCCGGAACCAGCAGACAGUGGGGAUCCUGGACCUAGGAGGAGCCUCUACACAGAUCACGUUUCUGCCACAGCUCGAGGAAACCCUGGAACAAACCCCGAUGGAUUUCUUUACCUCAUUUCAAAUGUUCAACAGCACUUUUAAGCUCUACACACACAGCUAUUUGGGAUUUGGACUGAAAGCUGCACGACUAGCAACCUUGGGAGCCUUGGAUAUGGAAGCAGAUGGACAGAGGUUCCGGAGUUCUUGUUUGCCGAAAGAACUGGAAGCAGAGUGGCACUUUGGGGGAGUAAAAUAUCAGUAUGGUGGUAACAAAGAAGCAGGGGAAACAGGAUUUGAACCAUGUUAUUCUGAAGUGUUGAAGGUUGUACGAGGCAAGUUGCACCAACCAGAAGAAAUUCAGAGGAGCUCCUUCUACGCCUUUUCUUAUUAUUAUGACCGGGCAGUGGACACUGACUUGAUAGAGUAUGAAAAAGGCGGAGUUUUACAAGUGAGAGAUUUUGAACAAAAAGCCAAAGAAGUGUGUGACAAUCUGGACAGCUACAGCUCUGCUAGCCCUUUUCUGUGUAUGGAUCUCAGUUACAUUACAGCAUUAUUAAAAGAAGGUUUUGGAUUUGGAGAUACUACAGUACUACAGCUGGCAAAGAAAGUGAAAAACAUAGAAACAAGUUGGGCCUUGGGUGCUACCUUUCACCUCCUUCAGUCCCUAGGACUCUCCCGUUGAGAAGACAUCACCUGUCAGAUGUUCCGUUUUCCUCAAACAAGAAUGGGCGGUUCUAACCUUCUAGCCAAAUACAGACCAAAGUAGAGGAAUCAGAUAACUUUAAAAGUGAUUUUGUUCAGUCCUGAGCUGCACUGAGACAUUGAUUUUUAAAGUUAUGUGUGAUGCUGCAGGGCCUUGAAACUGAUAUUGAAGAAAAGGUUUAAGUACCUCUUUGGACAUGCCAUGGACAGAUAUUUGCUACUCGGAGAAGUGAUUUUUGGACAACAGCUCCCAGAUCUCCUAGCCAACAUGACUAUUGGUUGGGCCCAUGAGACAUUAGUCCCCAAAAGUAAUGUUUCUUACAAAUAUAAGAUUCUCAACCUAAAGCAUUUGAAGGAAUAGUUCCAAAAGGUUAAUGUUUCCAAGCUGUGCAAUACAUCCCAAAACUGGUCUUGCUUUACAUUAAGCUUUUGAUGGUGCAAAAACUUAGCAGAAUUACUUGUUUUUUAAAAAAAACAUAACAGAAGUGUGUUAUUUAUUUUACUGUCUUUGAAACUCUAGAAAGCAAGCUUGUUGGGUUAGCUGGUUCUUAACAUGGAGGAAAGUGCUACAAGAUUUUUGAACUUUAGGCAGAUUCAAGGAUUAAACUAUAGGAAAGAUAAGUAAAUGGAAAUGACUUGUCCAUUUAUACAGCUUUCUGGUUCAAGUCACAGUGGAGAGAAAACUUAAUAAUUCACCAAGAAAUUGUUCUGUUUAUUUCCCUUUCACUUCCAUAAAGUAAACCCUACCCUAGGCAAAGAAUCUCUUGGAGCCACAAACUACUUAUUAUUUUGUCUAGAGUUACAUAAUUUUUAAAGUAAAAAAAUUAGACACUCUUGUUAUAAGCAUCCAGCUGAAUAUGAAGCUACUCUGUUUCCUCCAUUACUGCCUCUCCAAAAGUCUAGAUUUAACUUGGAGGGUGGCACAGUUCACUGGAUUCUCUUGAGUUAUAGGUGCUCAGGCUAUCAAAAUCCUUAAUUUUAAUAGGACAUCUCCUGAAGCUGCACAAAAUGUAAAAUGUUCAGUGUCAUUAUGUAGUAACUAUGGGUUCCAUUUUGACAUUGUUCAAAAACAACAAUGUGACAUUUGUAGCUGCUAAAGAGCUUUUGCACAAAGAUGCUAAGAUAUGGUGAUAACCAGUACUAGUCCAUAUUUUUGUCUAAGUGCUCUUACUGAAUGCCAAAUGCUAUAUUGCUAGUGUCUACAUAAUACAACACAGCCCCGUGCUUGUUUAACCUGACAUAGAUUUCAAAGUUCAGUGGGGCUUACUUCUAUGUAAGCACACAUAGGUUUGUUACCAUUGUUUGGUGCCUUAAAUAAGACAUUACUCUGUUUCACUGUGUGUUUUAGAUGUAGGUAUUACAAUGAUUCAGAACCCAUUUUUGUGUACCAGAAUGUGCAAGACAGAGCCGUUUCUCCUACUCUAAUUUUUUAAUCCACUACAAUAGAUAAAAGAGGAUGGCAAAUUAGAAGUACGUUCUUUGCUCUCAGAGCAACAUUAUUUUGUUGAAACACAGCAUAACCUCAUCCUCUCCAACCUCAUUUGUAAACUCAGGCACACACUUCAGGUUUUGAGCACAGUACCAAAGUUCAUCUAAGUCUGGCAAAUUCAGGUUUUCUCUCUUUAUGUAGCAUGUACUUCAGUAUGAGUCACCUCUGUUGCUAAUUAAGAGAGCACUUAUUCAAACUAAUCUGAACACUAGUGCAAAAUCAAACAUUGUUUUCGUCCCCUCUGAUGAACCCAAUUAUUUGUGAAAAUAUCUUGCUUUCUUAAGCGACCAGGUCUUUAUCAAUGCAAGGAGAUUAUAACCAUAUUUAAUGAUCUGCACAUAAUGGCCUUUUUUUAAAAAAGUGUCUAUAUGAUUGGUGGAGGAGGAAUUAAUGAAGCAAAACAUUUUGAAGCAUUACAUUAUUUUUUCCCCUUCAAAAUCAGAAAUGAAGGCAAAUAUUAGGCAUUUUAUUAACCUAAAGCAGUGGUUCCCAACCUGUGGGUCCCCAGAUGUUCUGGCCUACAACUCCAAGAAAUCCCAACCAGUUUACCAGAUCUUAGGAUUUCUGUGAGUUGGAGGCCAAAACUUCUGGGGACCCACAGGUUGAGAACCACUGCCCUAAAGUAGGCACUUAUUGCUCACACAGUGACUUGAAAGGACAUUUAUUUUGUUUUAGCUUAGAUCUGUUAAACAAAAUUAAGCUAGACUAUAAGCAAACUGAGCCCCCUCCCUUACAUAAAUGUCCACAUAUGUAACACUGUGGAGCAAAUUUGGUACUGAUAAGAAGUUCAGAAUAUCAUUCCAUUCACAUUGUUCUGAAAUGAGUUAAUUUUAAUAGGAUAACAUAAAUAUCCUAUAAAUAAGCUGUGUUCGUGUUUUUUGGUGCUGUAAUGCAGUUAGAUGGGUAUCGCCAGGCUCAGAAUAUGGUACAUGACUAAGACAGGACAAUUUUGAAUGUCUAUUUUAGUUAUUAAAAUAUUUUAACAGUU